CGCUAUUUUUUAACAAUUAAAAAAUGAAGAAGCGCAAAUAAUGCAUUAUUGUUUACGUUUACAUUUGAUGAGCUAGAUCUAUAUUUGUAAUAUAUAGAUCUAUACGUUGGUUGUAAAUAUUAGAAAUGCCUGGAGAGUAAAUUUCUUUGGAUCUGCUUUUAAUAUUUUUAAAAGGACAUAGGCUACAUUCUUUAAAUUUUGAUACUGCAACUGAAUUUUAAAAUGUCCACUAUUGGUCAUCAAGCUGUUGGUGGCUUGGAAGCCAUUGAAAAUGGAUUAAAAUUCUUACGUAGAUCACAGCUGAUGAUAGUCCCUGAAUUCAAGAACAUGUAUGGUGCUAUUGAGAAGCACCACAAUGAUCUCAAAUUUGCUCAUCUAACUGGAAUAGCCAAAGACUUACAGGAGCAAGCAGUCAGAGACACCAAGUUCUACAACAUUCUUACAAAAAUGCUUUGUGAAGUUAAACAGAAACGCUCUAACGAGCAAAGGGCUGGUCUUAGGCAGAUCUACAUUUGGUACAUGGCUAACAAGCACGUGCUAUACUGUGGACCUCACUUUGGUAAGGAACUUAUGAAAGAAGAAGCAAAGAAAAUUCUCCUGAAAGCUUCAACUCCAAGACCCACAAGAAAUAGAGUAAAUCAAGAGAAAGCAGAUGCUAAGAUAGUCCAAUCUGGUCUAGUUGAUGAAAAUAUCACACAGUUUCAAGAGAAAAUCACAACUGUGUCAAAUGAAAAUUUAACUGUGAAUGGGGGUGUAGAAGAUGAGGAUGUCAACAUGGAGACAUCACAGGAAAAAGAUGAGAAAAAUGUCAUUAAUGACACAAACAUUCAUGACGUCCCAUCAACCCCACCACUGUCUCAGGCACCUAUUAGUGUCACAAUCUCUAACUUGAAAGAAAGACUGAACACGCAACCAGGGACAGGUAUGUCAAGAGUGACCACAAUGAUUCAUCCCAUACCAAGCCUAGUCAACCCUCAUGUCCAGUUUGACAGGCAGCUGUCCACUGAAGAAACUGCUAAAGACAAAAGAGCCAUCAGUGCAAGAGUAAAAUCGGCAUCACGACCAGAACGAUUGCAAGCCUGGCAAGCAUACAUGAAAAAUAGAUCCUAUGGGCAAGACAUAAUUGGCACUUUGAGUUUUGGAGGUCGAAGUGGAACUCCCCUGGAUGUCAGGUAUUCCUCUCACAGUCAGGCUGAGUUCCCUGAGGCUCACACCAGAGAUCAACUCAGAGAAUAUGUCAAGAUUUUAAAUUCUCCAGACACAUCUCCCAGAUCCAUGGAAGAUGAGGAAACUAUUUUCAUGCAACAGACGCUGGAAGAGUUUUAUCAAACGGCAGAUUCCAUGAGACCCACAACAAGGAACAUGUCCAGAAUGUCAGCCAGGGCCAAGUCAGCUCCUUGCAAAACUCCCUCCAAACCCCCAGGACCUGUGCCAUCUAGCGCCAAACAGUUUCGACAGGUUUCAAAACUUGGACAUCAGCUGUCACAAAAUCAGGAAAAUGACUUGCCGGAUGUACGAAGUGGACCAGACACAGGGGUCAAGUUAAAUAUGGUGGUCACUGCUAUUGACACGGUCAAAGACGGUAUGAAUUACUACAGAGAAAAGGUACUGACUCCCCAACCCCAAUAUGGCUUCAGACAGCCAUCAGUAACUGGAUUUAUAACCCCAAGGGAGACAAUCUCUUCGGUAGAUUCUGGUUUAAUUCAAGAUAUAACAAAUACACCACAAGUUAUUGCCCUUGAACAGCAUGAGACGUCAAGACCACAAACCACCCCCAACAGUUCCUUCACUAGAAUUGACGACGCUGUACACACGCCUGUCCCAUCCAAACCAACAAAACAAAGGUGUAAAUCUGCAGGUGUGGAUUGGCGGGGGAAAAUUCAGCCAGACACAGUGAGAUAUAAAUGGUCUAAAACAAAAUUUGGGUGCCACACCUAUCUGAAGAAAUGGUACAAACCUAACCAAAGAACUUCUGGGACAACUAGUGCUGGAAAGCGACCUAAAACUGCACCAAUUACAACUCAAGAAAAAUGGAAAACUCAGAAGGAAAGUGACAAGAACACCAGACCAGUGCAAGCAGCUAGCCACAGUACAACACUCAUGGACCAGAAUGUUGUGGACAAUAUGGUGAUGGUGCAGCAUUUGUUGCCAGGAGAGGAUGGAAUCGACUUCAUGGAUUCUAUCUAUGAUCAUAAAUUUUGGAAAAACAUCCGAAAAAGUUCUGUCUCCCAACCCAGUGAACUCCCAAAAGAAUUUUUGACUUUUGUAGCACCCACAACUUCGGCUGAAAAAACUGGUCUACACAAGCCUCCAGCUAGUGAUGGGGUUAAACAGGAAUCUGAAAGUGCGCAAGUCAAUGAGAAAUUACCAGAAGAAAGCACUAACACCCUGCAAACCAGCUACAAUGAAGAUGCUUUAAAUAUUGCCACAAAAGAAUUGUAUCUAGAAGAUUCAUUUAGUCAAGACUUUUCAUACAAUUUGUCAGCACAAAAGGAUGCAGCAGAAAGCGUAGAUGUGUCCGUGGCUGUUCCUGAUCAGCAGGAAUCAAUUAUAGAAGCCACUCAACAAGGACGACAAAGCCCUAGUUCAUCCCUGACACAGUCUAAUUUUAGCGAAUGGAUUUUACUAACAGAGCAGAAGAUAAAAAACAGACAGCAGACUAGAGGGCCUACAGACCAUCACUUUUCUGAGGUACAUCUAGAACCAGAAGAAACACAUCAAGACUUGACAUCUCACAUGAAGAGCACAAAGGUGGAAAGGUCAGCAGGUCGUAUGCCGUACCGCGUACAAAGUGCCUCAGCCCAGAUGCAAGGUUACACCAGAAGGUGUAACGACACACUGAGGAAAGUUCCUCCGUUGAGGACCCCUCCCUCCAUACCCAGCCCACAGCUCAAUGCUAAAAAUUUGGAGAGAAAAAACGGACAAAUUUUUGUUGAGUUGGAACACCAUGCAAGAAGAACAAAAAGUCCAAGGAGUUUUAUGAAUAAAAUUGAAGGCUUGCGAUGUGUGGACAGCCCAAUGCGACCUUCAGUACCAAGUUAUUCAAAUAAUGACCCCAUUCUUGGCACUUCAUUACAAGUCUGUAAACUUCCAAUACCAAGAAAAACUAACUCUUCACAGUAUUCUUCCCAUCUGGAGGCUGAUUUCUCACAUCGCAAUGUAUAUCAUGGUGAGCAUGCCUUCAAUGGCAACCUAAAACACAACUUGUAUGAGAAACAAGUCACAUUCUUAGAGCCAAAUAUGGCCGGCUCAUACGAGUUCUUGAAGCCCACGAGUGCUCCAUCAUUGGGACCACCUCAAAGUUUAGAAUCCAGUGAGCAUUCGUCACCCAGGAACUCUAUGAUCCAUAGAUCUCCAAAGGGGACAACACCAGAGGCGCCAUCUUCACCCAGGAGUACUUCAAGCAGUAGAUCAGUUGCUAAAAUAGGCAGGCCCAUAGCCCAGGUGCAGAAAGUUCCAGAUCCUGAUGAUGUUCUUCAGGCUGUACAGCUGCAGAAGGAAGCUGCUGCAGCUGUGGACAUUCAGAGGAUUUUCCGAGGCUUUGUAGCCAGGAAUGUUUACAAAUCACUGCUGAGUGAGGAGAUCAGGAAAAAGGAGGAGAAACAGAAAGCUGCCAUUAGAAUUCAAAGGACCUACAGAGACCACCUAGUAAGAAAAAAUGCCAUCUACCACCGACCACAGCUCAGCCCUGAAAUUGUUCAGUGGUCCAAGGAACUGAAAGAAAAACAGUCUGAAAAGGCCACACAAAGACAAGUUAAAUUGGAAAAUUUAGCCAAUGAACUGAACACUAAAGAAAAAGAAUCAAAAAGUAAACUGCAGUCAAUUGGACCUCAUGUUGACAUUUACAGUAUUUACCACCCAAAGAAGAUUGGUCCAACUAUGAAAGAAUUGCACCAGGCAGCUACAAAAAUACAGAAGAUUGUCAGGGGGUGGCUGGUGAGACGCAGGAUUGAGAAGCUCUCUAGGAAGGCAACAUGGUAUGGAUCAAACUUUACCAAAAUGGUAAAAGAAUACAAAAAUAUGCUGAAAGCUGUUCAAAGCCAGCAUGGUGUUGAUAAACCAAAGAGUCCCUUCAGCAUAAAAGAGUUCAAUUCUUACAUUGACACCCGCAGAAGGUACGAGAGUGUGUUUGAGAAAAAAGCUUUUGGCGGCGAGUUAGAGCUGAGUGAAGUGCCAGCAUUCUUUAAAGAAUGUGAUCUGUACCCGUCCCAGGAGGAGAUAGAUGAGGCAAUGGAUGUCACACUUCAUGGCCAAGCAAUCAAGAGAGAGAACCAGGGCCUGAAGAAGAAAGAGUUGCUGGACAUGGUUUUUUACAUCUAUGUCCCACCAGCCACCAGCUUGAAGGGGACCAGACAGAGCACCUGGAUGAACCCAAUCAUUGAUGGCCAGGAAGCCAGGAAAUUGUUAGGAAGUGAAUUUGUUGAACCAGCGCCACUGGCACCGUGUGCUAAACUGGUGAUUGAUGCCAAACGAGAGCAAAGAAAGAAGGAGCAAGCUUUACAAGAGGCAGAGGAAAGGAAGAGAAUAGAGGAGUCUAAACAAAGAGCUGAGGAGAAGAAAGCUGCUCAAAAAGUGAAACAUGUGACAAUUCAAUCUCCAAAACAUGAAGAUUGAAAGGCUAUCAUUACUAAUUCUUGAAGGAGAGUCAGCAAGUUUAUAAAAAAUGUUGGUAUUUUUGUUAUGGACUUACAUUUGUUAAGGACUGUAUAUAGACUUGUUUGGCUGGUGUCAAGAAUUGUAAUGAACCAUGUAUUAUUGUAUAUUGUAAUGAAUCAUGUAUAUUGUAAUGUACACUAUUGAAGCUGGGAUUUGUAUUAAAUUCAUGGGUUGGUGUAAAAUACAAAUACUUCAAUUAUGUUAAAAAUGUAAAUAAGCAUUUUGAAACAAAUGAGACUCAUGUUAAAUGUAACUAUUCAGUUGUACAUUACAUCGAUUCUUUAGCCUUUUAGUUUCAAUUUAAUAGCUGAACCUUAUGGGCUACAGUUGUUUUUUUUUUAAUAAUUUUAAUUUCCAUAAAUUACUUAAUAUUUAUAUUGUGUAACAUUACUAGCUGUAUGCAUUAGAUUAAUGCUAUUAGUUUUCUAUUUUUUAGAGACUUUUUAAAAAUUUUCUUUAAUAUUUUUGUAUUCACUAUAUCUGUAGAUUUUUUUUAUUUCUGUCAGACAUUUACUGUAUCUGUGAUAUUUCAAACUGCCAUAUUGCCAGCAUUCUGUGAUCAAAUCACCAUUUUAACACAUUUUUAUCCCAAUCACUACUUGUACCAAAUGUUCGGGUUUUUUAAGAUAAAUAAUGUAGAAAAGUACCUUUUAAGAUCUGUUAGCACUUAGGGCAGAUGGAGUAGAGUUUCUCUGAACACAAAGGAGAUUGUGGAAUCAGCUCUAAGCCCAGUCACCUUCAAUACUGAGCAAAACAUUUUCUUGCUCAAUUUCAAUUUUCCUUAUUUUUUAAAAAUCUCCACAAACUAAUGUUUAAACUCCAUGAAUUACCAGCUUAAUUCCAUAAAGUUGAAGGCUGUUAAUUGGAGGAUUAUGAAAUGUUGAUUCCCUUAGAUUCGGUUUUUCAACCCCACAGUCUUUAGAGUUUUGUUUGUUUAAACCACAACCCUUUAUGGUUCAAUCAAAUUAGUUUUAUCUUCUUAAAAUCUAAUCAAAAGAAAACUUUAAAUGAAAUAUAAACACUGUAAUCGGCUGGUAAUGUCUGGUGAUACCACUAGUCAUCUUAAAAGAAACAAAAAAAUAAUUUGUGUACAGUAGUUUAUUGUCUUCAUACAAAUAGUAUAAAAUUGUGCACACACCCAAGCACUCGCCAGCUUAAAUAACAGAUAAAUUGGACUUAAACAUAUCCGGACGGAAGAAAUUUAUUGGACUAGCUACUUUACUAACAAAAUAAAAUAACUGCAUAGAUUAUGGUGGAUAAAUUGAUAAUAAUAUACUGUAUAUGUGUGUGCACAUAUAUAAAUACAUAUGCACAUUCAAAGAAAGUAUAUAGAAAAAGUGCACAAGUUGUUACAUAUUCUACUGAAUUCAUGCCAGAUUCUUUUUUUUUUACUUUUUUACUUAAUAUAUAUAUGCCUUAAGGAUAAAGGAAAGUGUAUAAAAGUAUUACUGCUAAAAUCAUUGUUACACAAAACAGUAAAAGUGCAGGUUGUUUUGUCUAAGUCAAGACACAAACAAGGUAUCAGUUG